AUGGGUUCAAGAGGAGGUGCGACGGUUUUGCAGCAGCUGAAUCGGGCGAGCCGAAUGAGACAGAAGCUGCAGACGGCGCUUGAAGCCAGCGCUCUGGAGAUAGAAGACGUGUCACAUCAGCACGCCGGACACGCCGCCAUGAGGAAUAACAACAACGCCGGCGAGACUCAUUUCAACCUCAAGAUCGUCUCUCCUAAAUUCGAGGAGCAGACCCUCGUUAAACGACACCGCAUGGUCUACGAUGCCUUGGCCGACGAGCUCAACUCCGGUCUUCACGCCCUCUCCAUUGUCGCCAAGACUCCCCAUGAAAAGUGA